UGAACGAAUCGCCGUGACAACGCUGUAAAUUCCGUCAAUGUUCGUUGAUUCGUUCGAAUAUUUCAAUUCUGUCAAUUUUCCAUGAUCCGAAGAAUUACCUGCAAACGUCAUUUGUACGUGAAGCCGCAUACGUCAAGAAACACCAGCAGAAUGUCUAAACGAUCCGCCGAUACUGGAGAUCCGGGUUCUCAGCCCCCUAUAAAAAAAGUUCAAUUUGAACCGAUUUUAAUAGGGCCAAUCUCUACGCUGGAGGAAAUGGACAUGAAGGUUCUGCAAUUCCAGAACAAGAAAUUAGCGCAGAGGUUGGAACAACGGCAUCGAAUGGAAGCGGAGUUACGUCAAAGGAUUGAACAGUUGGAAAAGAGGCAAACUCAAGAUGACGCUGUAUUGAAUGUAGUCAAUCGGUAUUGGAACCAACUCAAUGAAGAUAUAAGGGUUCUCCUCCAAAGAUUUGAUGCUGAAACAGCAGAUGAGUCUGAAAAUAAAAAUGAAAGUGAGGCGACAACUUCAUUCCUAAUGCAGUUGUCCUCAUGGGACAAAGAAGAGCUUGACGAUAAGCUAGCGAACCGUGUCCAAGUGUCUAAGCGAGCAGUUUCCAAAGUUGUCCAAGCGUUUGAUCGGCUCUCUCAGAGAAAUGAAAAAAUUACACUAGCUUUGAAAGGCGAAUCUGAGGGUGAGGAGGUUCCAAAUAUCGAUGACGUUGUUAAAAAAGCCAAUGCGGAAAUUCAGAUGGAGAACCGAAAUUUACAAGCGAUUAACAUACAACUCCAUGAAAAGUAUCACACCAUUUCACUUAAGAUGUCCGAGCUGCAAGAUACUAUAACAGGCAAAGAUACCCUUGCUGCCGAAUUACGCAAUCAAGUUGAUGAUUUGCAAUAUGAGUUGAAUAAGGUACGCUCUAGAAACGACAAGUUGGAGCAUCAUCUUGGGGAAGCCAUUGAAAAGUUAAAGGCAUUCCAGCAAAUACACGGCACCGAUGAGAAAGGAUCAAACAAACCCAGUACAUUGGUUGCUUCCAGUGUCUCCCAGACAAAGGUUGAAGACCUACAGCGUGAACUAGAAGAAACACGCGAGCUCGCGAACAAUAGACUGCAAGAAUUGGAUAAGCUUCACCAACAGCACAGGGACGCGCUCAAAGAUGUGGAAAAAUUGAAAAUGGAUAUUCGCCAGCUGCCAGAAUCAGUCAUCGUUGAAACAACUGAAUACAAGUGUCUCCAGUCGCAGUUCUCUGUCCUGUAUAAUGAGUCUAUGCAAUUGAAGACUCAGCUAGACGACGCUCGGCAACAGCUUCAGUCCAGUAAAAACGCGCAUCUUCGUCACAUAGAGAUGAUGGAGAGUGAAGAGCUAAUGGCUCAGAAGAAAUUGCGCGGAGAGUGUAUUCAGCUUGAGGAUGUACUCGCUCAGCUUCGGAAAGAAUACGAAAUGCUGCGUAUAGAGUUUGAACAGAAUUUGGCUGCCAACGAACAGACAGGACCGAUCAACAGAGAGAUGCGACAUCUGAUCACUUCCUUACAGAAUCAUAAUCAGCAACUGAAGGGAGAAGUACACCGGUAUAAGCGGAAAUACAAGGAAGCCUCUGCGGAGAUACCAAGGCUUAAGAAAGAAGUGGAAGAAGCAACAAAUAGAUUGGGUCAACAAGUAGCCCAAGAAAACAAAGAAGGCAGCAGUUCCGAUUGUAGUGGAAAGGAGGAGGAUACAUCGAGCUCUCUAUCAGGUUCUACUCAGAUCAAAGAGGAGUGUGGGGUCACUAUCAAGAGGGAGAGUGGAGCUGAUGAAGAAAUUGAAACUGUCGAAGUUGGCGAGGGAGAGUGUAGUAAGGGGACACCCGACUCGCUGCUCCUUGCAUCACCGACCCUCAGGAAGGAAAAAGACAUUAAGAGAGAGAAAGAUAUAAAAAAGGAAGCUAUCAAAACGGAACAUCGCGAUCUCGGUCAUCGAUCUAAGGAAACGAAAUUAGCUGACUCGGAAUUGGUCAGGGAUCUCAAGGCUCAACUCAAGAAAGCAGUAAACGAGAUGAAAGAGAUGAAGCUAUUACUGGACAUGUAUAAGGGUGUUGGGAAAGAACAACGCGACAAAGUGCAACUAAUGGCUGCUGAGCGUAAAACACGGGCGGAGGUUGAAGAUUUACGUCAACAGAUUAAGAAAAUACAGGAGAGCAAACGUGAGGAACGUAAAAAGCUAGCUGACGAGGAUGCGCAAUUGAAGAUAAAAAAGCUGGAAGAGCAGGCGUACACUUUACAAAGACAGGUAGCCUCGCAGAAACAGGUAGAUCACAUUUCCACGCUUUACGAGGAGGAGGCCCUUCUGAAUGAAAUGGAAGUCACUGGGCAGGCAUUUGAGGACAUGCAGGAACAAAAUUCAAGGCUCAUUCAGCAAUUACGGGAGAAGGAUGAUGCUAACUUCAAACUGAUGACCGAGCGGAUAAAGAGUAAUCAGCUCCACAAGCUGGCCAGGGAGGAAAAGGAUGUUCUUAAGGAACAGGUGAUCACGUUGACCACUCAGGUUGAAGCUGCCAAUGUGGUUGUCAGGAAACUAGAAGAGAAGGAACGACUAUUACAAAAUUCGCUUGCAACAGUUGAAAAGGAAUUGGCACUGAGACAACAAGCAAUGGAAAUGCACAAACGGAAAGCCAUAGAGAGUGCUCAGUCUGCUGCAGAUCUGAAGCUGCAUCUUGAAAAGUAUCAUUCGCAAAUGAAGGAGGCACAGCAGGUUGUGGCGGAAAAAACUAGCUCCUUGGAAGCGGAGGCAUAUAAAACGAAAAGAUUACAGGAAGAAAUUGCACAGUUACGAAGAAAAGUGGAAAGAAUGAAGAAAAUUGAGCUGGCAGAGACAUUGGACGAGGUGAUGGCCGAAGAGUUACGGGAGUACAAGGAAACUCUGACUUGUCCGUCGUGUAAAGUUAAGCGCAAAGACGCUGUGCUUACAAAGUGUUUUCAUGUUUUUUGUUGGGACUGUUUGCGUACACGUUAUGAAACACGUCAACGUAAGUGUCCGAAGUGUAAUUGUGCGUUUGGUGCUAAUGACUAUCACCGACUCUACCUAUCGACAUGAAGAACUGGUCGAUCGACUAACAUUUCCUGGUGAUGCAUCGUUCACUUGGUUCUGACGAGGCCGAAGAAGGCAUUUGCUCGUAACUGAACUUGGAUUUCUCACUUAACAUUUUUCAAUGUAAUACCGUAAACUGCUAUUCAUCGAUUAUACCAGUACUCUCGUAAUACUUCCAAACUAUUCCUGUUGGUAUUCCGGAUGCAGAUAGAAGCCGACGUAGUCUGAUACAAUUCUUGACCGCCAUGUGAGGAAAAAGUUUAUGAAACGCAAAUAAAUUACAUUUUAAUUUA